UUUGACCAAACAGCUUUUUCUCUUCUAUAUUUUUUCUUCUGCUUUCUUCUUGAUACUAGCAUUUCUUUGUCUAUUUGAUGUUUUAAAAGCCCAAACCAUCAUUCUGAUUUAGAGCUGGUCUUUGAAACUUUUUCUUCCUCCAGUUCCUUGUUGAUGCAUCUUCAAUAAACUCACCUUCUCAGCAAAGUGAAGAGACUUGUUUCUCUGUUUGAUGUGGGAUCAGGAGGGCCUGACUAUUUAGAACCAUGUUUUGUGAUGGUAUCAACUUGGUGACCGUGGAGGGACCUCCACUGCCUUAGUGCAGCCCUUAUCUGUGUCUUCUCAGCCACAAGGUUUUCCUGGACAUCUCACCUCCAUACCUAGCAGCUGCCAGCACCUGUCUGGGAAUUUUUCCUGGAGAAACAGGACUGGAGGGUCUGGGUGGAGGUGCCUGUUGUGGACAGACACCAGGUGCUCCUGGAUGAAGGUGACUUUUCAAUUGAGACUUUCCUUGUGCUGGGAAGACAUGAACGUGUCCAGAGUCAACACAGUGACUGAAUUCAUACUCCUGAGCUUCCCCUGUUCCCGUGAGGUUCAGAUCCUCCUCUUCAUGUUGUUCUCUGUGAUGUACAUCCUGACACUGAUGGGGAAUGGAGCCAUCAUCUGUGCAGUGAAGCUGGAUCACAGGCUCCACACCCCCAUGUACAUUCUGCUGGCCAACUUCUCAUUCCUGGAGAUUUGUUACAUCAACACCACUGUUCCCAAAAUGUUAGAGAACUUCCUGUCUCAGACAAAAUCCAUCUCUUUCACUGCCUGCUUCCUCCAGUUCUACUUUUUCUUCUCCAUGGGCACCACUGAGACCUUCUUACUGCCCCUCAUGGCAUUUGAUCGGUACCUGGCCAUCUGCCAGCCUCUCCACUAUCCUAUCAUCAUGACCAAUCAUCUUUGCAUGAACUUGGUGGCCCUCUGCUGGGUAAUAGCCUUCUUCUGCUGCCCAGUUCCUAUCUAUUUUAUAGCACAACUCCCCUUUUGUGGUCCCAAUACCAUUGACCAUUUUGUCUGUGAUCCAGGUCCCCUUCUAGCCCUGUCUUGCAUUCCUGCCCCUGGAAUUGAGCUUUCCUGCUCUAUAUUGAACUCCCUUAUUAUCUUCAUCACCCUCUUCUUAAUCCUUGGAUCCUACACACUAGUCCUCAGAGCAGUGUUACGGGUUCCCUCAGCAGCUGGCAGACGUAAGGCCUUCUCCACCUGUGGGUCCCACCUGGGUGUAGUGUCUUUGUUCUAUGGAACAGUCAUGGUGAUGUACAUCAGUCCAAGCUCUGGAAACCCAGCUGGGACACAGAAGAUUGUAACCCUGUUCUAUUCAUCAGUGACUCCACUUGUAAACCCUCUGAUCUAUAGUCUCCGGAACAAAGACAUGAAAGUUGCCCUAAGAAAAAUUCAGAUGUGCACAAAAAUUAGUCAAGGUGAAUGAGAGCUCAUAAGUGAACCAAGAUCAGGAUAUUUCUCUUUUUUCCCAUAUAUACUUUCAGUUUUUUUAAAAAUAUUCAUUUAUACCUAUAGACUCAGACCAAAAUUCAUCAAUUUCUGCCUAAUCACAUAAUGGAUAAGAGUACUUCAAGUAAACCAGAACUUGCCUUCAAAUUAGGACUUGAUAGUAACUUGAAUUAAGUAACCUGGAUAUCUGGAUUUUAGAUCCUGACCUCUCCAAUAACUUCUUGCUCUUUUUCCUGUGUUCACUUUCUGGUCCCUGACCUCAUGCUCUUAUUGAUCUCUCAUAAGUGUACAUUCAAUUCUUACACUUGGUUUUUCUAGCCUGAUGAUAUCUGCUCCACUCCUAGCAGAAAAGUAGAGAAUUCAAAUCAUUUUAGCUCAGACAAAAGAAAAUUAGUAUCAAUCAGUAAAUCAUAACUGAGCCAAAAUUUUUAUUUAAUUGACAUCCAAGCUUUCAGCAAUGAUCUAAAGCACUGUUUCCCAAACCUGUCUGUUAAAUAAUUACUUGGGGGAACUUUUUAAAAGAAUAAAUUGCCAGGCCUUUCUCCAAUUCUCUUAAAACAAUCUUUGAGGUGAACUCUGUAAAUCUUUAUUUUA